AUGAAUAGAUCUGACAAAAAGUUUAUCCUAAAGCUAUUUAAAAUUAAGAACGGAAAUAUCAACCUCUUGAAAAACAGAAUAACUCACUUUUGCAUUAGCAAGAAAUGUAUGCAUAUUGUUCUGAGCAACAAUAGCCUAAUCAAAUAUUAUCUAGAGGAAAAUGAAUUGUCCUAUGUGGAUUUUUACAGCAAAAAAACCAUAAAUAGCAAAGCAGAAAUAAGAUCAAUAUUCUUUGACUAUAAUUGCUAUCAUGGAUUUAUAUGUCUGGCAAAUAAAGAAUAUAUAUAUGUCCACUUUGAAUAUAAUAUAGUCCUAAAUCUAGUAAAAUUAAAAAAGUAUAACAUCUCAAGUGUGUGUUUCGAUGGCUAUAGUGAUAUUAAAAAAGAUUCUCCUUUUUUAAUUGCAACAAAGGAUGGUGAAAUUCUAGAAAUGAGCAUAAGCAACAAAACAAAGAAUAACGAAGAAUACGAUGUAAUAUUUUCAGACAGCCAUUUGUCAAUUUUGGACAUAACUAUGAUUAAUAUUGAUAUUUCAAACAGUUCGAAUUGUGUGAAUAGUGAAAAUAGUGAAAAUAACAAAAAUAACAAAGAUGAAAAAAAUGACAAAAAUGACAAAAAUGACAAAAAUGACAAAAAUAACAAAAAUGACAAAAAUGACAAAAAUAAUGACAACACCCUGAGAAUUAUCUACUUCUCCACUUGCAAUAGCUUGCACGAAAUCAGCUACACAUACAAAAACACAAGUAUGAACAACCCUGCAGAAAAAAAUGAAACGUAUAUACAAGAUAUGAAAAUGAAAAAGAACAAUUUUAAUAUAAACAAAUCAAGUGACGAAACGAAAGUCUAUGAAUGCUGCGUAGAUUCUUUGACAUCUAUUUUAAAAAUUGAAAAUAUCAGAAAUAAAAAUUAUCUCUUUUGGCUUAAUGGGUGUUGCAUAUUUAUUAGUAAAAUUAAUAAUUGUAAGAAAAAAAAAAAAAAUAUAAAAAAUGAUUUCAGAAAUUGUUCCAAAUGGAACCACAAUAAACACUUUAACAAUUUUACGGAUUCAAAUUUUCUCUCGUAUUCAUCUGAGUCAGAAACUUCUGUUGGUGGAAUUAAUCUUGUAUCUUUCAGUGAAGAAGAGGACGAAGAAUGUGAUCAAAAUGUGAAAUCCAAAUGGAGGAGUGAUUUGUUAUCGAAUGAAAAAAAAGCACAGAUGAAAAGAAUGUACAAAAGUAAUCAUCAUUAUAGAAAAUUAUCAGAACACGAUGAAAAGAAUAAAGCGAAAGAGAAUGUCAAAAUUAAUUACAAACUAAACGAUGAAUGGUAUCUAGAUUGUAACUAUAUUAUUGUGAAUUUCUUAGAUUUGAAUAUAUUUACCAAUGAAAAUAUGAACAGUUUUACUUUCAUUAGAUCGUUUUAUCAAUCUAUUCAUAGUCAAAAAAAUAACAUGAACACAUUGCAGAAUCAUAUGCAAGAUCCCACUCCUCAACAACAGGGAACAGAAACUGUCAUAACAAAUAUCCAACCCAAACCGUUUGAUAACACUACUUGUGCUGUUGUAGAUAUGUGUAUAAAUGAGUUCUACAUAUUUCUGUUGUUAGAAGAAAAACUAAUUAUAAUUAACAAUGUCAAUUUUAAGAAGGUUUAUGAACAAACUUUGGCGUUUGAAACAUAUGGAGAUUCUAUAAGAAUUAUGAAAGAUAAAUCUGAUGAUCAAGUGUGGUUAUGUACAUCAAAGUAUAUUUUUAAAAUUGUUAUAAAUAAGAAUAAAAGUGAUGUACCAUGCUUCAAUCAGCAGAUAAAUAGUUAUAUGAACAACAAGAUAAAUCUGAAAAAAAAAAAUCUUACAAAAAUGAUCGAAUCCAGCACAAAUUCUGAAAGAAUAAAAAUAAAAAAAUAUAUCUUAAAAAAUAAUAAAUACCAAAUUUAUCAAUUCAAAAAUUUAAACAUAUGUACUGAAGAAACAUUAAUUGCAUUUCUACAUAAGAAACAAUACUUUCUCUUGUCUUCUAUUUUGUACAAUAACAUUCACUUCUACAGCAAUGUUGUCAAAAUUGUGUUCUACAUUUGGAUAAUCCAGUUGUCUGCAUAUUCUCUAGAUUUAUACAUGCAUUUGUAUCGCAUCACAUUUUAUUAUUUCCCACAAGCACAAUUCGGAAGUUAUGCCAAUGUGGGAAUAUCUUCAGACUUGUCCAGGGAGGGCUCAAAUAGGGCCCUCAGUGAUGACCCAAAUGAAAAUUUAAGUGAUGAGUUAAGUGAUGACCCAAAUGAAGAUUUAAGUGAUGAUUUAUGUGAUGACCCAAAUGAAAAUUUAAGUGAUGAGUUAAUUGAUGACCCAAAUGAACUUUCGAGCGAAACAGAUAUACAUCUAAGUGGGAAUGUUGAAUGUCCUCCAAUAUCUGUGAAGUCCCCAGAUGCAGUGUCGAAAGAAUUGUUUGAUAAGACUAUAAUGAAUAAAUCGAAAAAUAAAAAAAAGGAUUACUUAAAAGAAGCAAUGGAACGUCAAAAAAAAGAAGAAAAUCCCAAGACGGAAAGGAAAAACAGUAUCCUGAACCGAAAAGAUGAAAACGUACAAAAAAUUAUAGGGGAAAAUAUCAAUGGUGAUAAUUGUACAUAUACGUAUAAUGAUGAAAAUCAAAAGAAAGGAACAAAGAAAAUGAUUAAGAGUAAUUUAGAGGAAGAUAUUAAAAAUAGAAAGAUCCAGAAAAGCAACAAACAAUCCUUCAUUCGUUUCUUCCAAAAAUUAAUAGAGAAGGAUGAACAAAAAGAUCGUAAAUACAAUUUCGACUUUUCGAAGGGAAAAAAAAUUAAUAUAAAAACGCUAACAGAAAGUGACAAUUUUUACAUCCUGUUGAAAAUAUACAAAAUGAAGAAUUCUGAUAUUUUCAACUUUUUGAAAUCUCAGAAGGGGUUGAUUAUGGAAGAUCUAAAGAGGUACAGAAGGAUCUACGUGAGUGGUGAAGAUGCCCAAGUAAAUGAAGACUCGAAACCUGUGGAAUCCAAGGAAGGACAAAAAUCUACAACAAUUUCACAAAGUCUAUUAACAAGAAAAUACGCACCAAAAAAAGAGUAUGAUGAGGUUAAGAGAAAACUGUACCGAGAUAUCUACACAUACAAAUGUCUUGAAGUGAGUGUAUACAUGAUUAUCUUACUGAAGCAUUUCAAAACCUUCUUUCAGUUAAAUGAUGUCAUUGUGCAGAUAUUAGAAAACUUCCAUAAGCCCAAUUUUUUAUUACUUUUUAAAUUCAUGUGUAACGAUUAUAAUUAUAUAAUAAAUUUUUACAUUAACAAGAAUAAAUUUAGUGCAUUAUUUAAUGUCAUUAUACUCUUCCCACAGAAUGUACUGCUAGACGUGUUAAGAGAACAUGCUUUCAUUUUGUACCUUCACAAACCACAGAAAUAUGUAGACCUUUUAAUUUUUUAUGACAACUUGAUUGAGGAUUACACGGAUUUAAUAGUAUGCAUGUUUGUAAUUAUUUAUUUUUUUAAAAGCAGUAAAAAAGUGUGUAAGAAUAACAAUAAUAAUAUGGAAGAAAGAGAGAAGUCAAACGAGGAAGGAAAUGUUUGCGAUAAAUCUAUUUAUCAAAAACAUACAGAUGAAUGCAUUCGAUUUUUAGAAUACAUUUCAAAUAAAAUAAUAGAAGAAAAUACAUUAGAAGAAAAAGAAAAAUAUAUUUACACAUUCGAAUGCACUUGGAAAAAAAAUCAUAUCAUAAAUUGUUUACUAAUUUUAUACAUAGAAAAAGAACAAGAUGAAAAAAUAAUAAUGUUUUUGAAUAGAUUAAAAUCAUCAGGUAUUCAUUUUGAUUAUCUAUUUAUUAUACGAUUCUUAAAGGAAAAAAAAAAAGAAAAGUUUAUUCCACAUUUUUAUAUAAUAAUGAAAUAUUUCGAAGAAGCCGUUGAUAAAUCCCUAGAAUUGGGCGAUUAUAAAACAGCCAAAAAUGCCGUAAUAUUGUGUGAAGAUGAAGAAGAAAAAAAAAAAUUAUUUCUUAAAAUUGUUAAAAAUAUUUCCAAAGAUUUGAAUGAAAAAAAUUUAAAAGAAAUAAUAAAUCUAGUUCGUGAUUCAAAUUCUAUAUUAAAUCUACAAGAUAUCCUGCCAUACAUUAAUGAAAACACAAUUAUCGAUUAUUUAAAAAAAGAUAUUUGUUCCUUGUUAGGAAUUUAUAAUUUAAAAAUACAAGCCAAAAAAGAAGAAAUUAAAGAAAAUUUACAAACAAUUGAAUCACUUAAUACUGAUAUUCAAAAUCUUAGAAAAAAGUAUGUAGUUUUAGAUAAAAAUGACAUUUGUUAUAUAUGCAAAAAGACAAUAUAUUUCAAAAAAUGUUAUGUUUUUUCCUGUAACCAUUAUUUUCACAGUAUUUGUGCUUUGAACAUUUACCUCAAUUCGAAGCCAAAGGAUGAACUCUUUCAGUUCUUCUGCAUUCUAAAUAACUACAAAAAUGCACUUAUCAAUAAAAAUGAGAAAGAUAUACUCAUGUAUGAGACAAAAAUAGAUGAUAUAUUGACAGAGGAGUGUUAUCUCUGUGGAUUUAUUUCUAUCAACUCAAUAUCGAAAAGUUUUAUUUCGAGCAGCGAGUGUGAAUUAGUGGACAGUUGGAAUAUAUCGAAAGAGUAA